UUUACGUUCGUUGACUCCUGCAGACCGGUCACGUGACGUUGCCGAUAAUCGGAUCGGAGAGUGAAGAGUAGAGUUUACAACGUCUAAUUAAGCGUAAUUAAAAGUGCUACUUAAACAAAUAUGUCCAAUUCGCAACCGGUAUCGAUACAGCGAGGGAUCGUGAAACAGAUUAUAUCUGGUGAUGCAUUGAUAAUUCGUGGACAUCCACGGGGAGGUCCUCCACCUGAGAAACAGGUCAACUUGUCUAACAUCAUUGCACCGAAAUUGGCACGGAGGGCAGCUGUCAAUGCUGAGAGGCAGCAAGAUACAAAAGAUGAGCCUUACGCAUGGGAAGCUAGAGAAUUUUUGAGAAAGAAGUUGAUCGGAAAAGAAGUCUGCUUUUUGCUUGAUUACAAAGCUCCCAGUGGAAGCAGAGAAUAUGGAAUUAUCUAUCUUGGGAAAGAUACUACGGGAGAGAAUAUAAAUGAAGCAGUCAUAGCUGAAGGAUUGGGUGAAGUACGUCAGACAGGAGCAAAACCAAAUGAAGCAUUACAAAAACUUCUCGAGCUUCAAGAGUCUGCUAAAUCCGCCAAAAAGGGGAAGUGGGCACAAGAUGAUCAGGAACACAUACGUGAUGUCAAGUGGAUUAUUGAAAAUCCUCGGAAUUUCGUCGACUCUCUUCACCAGAAACCAGUGAAAGCCAUCAUCGAACAUGUCAGAGAUGGAAGUACUCUCCGGGCCGUUCUCUUGCCAGAUUUUUAUUACAUAACCGUCAUGCUAUCAGGAAUCAGGUGCCCAACCUUUAAACAAGGCAAGGAUAAUCAGUUGGUACCAGAUCCCUAUGCACUUGAAGCAAAAUUUUUCACAGAGAGCCGUCUACUCCAUCGAGACGUGGAAAUAAUUUUGGAAAGCGUGUCAAAUCAAAAUCUGCUUGGCACAGUUCUGCACCCGAAUGGUAACAUUACUGAGCUGCUGCUGAAGGAAGGAAUGGCACGAUGUGUAGAUUGGAGCAUAACAUUUGUGUCCACAGGUGCGGAAAAGUUAAGAGCUGCUGAAAGAAUAGCUAAAGAGAAGAGGCUACGGUUGUGGAAAGAUUACACGCCAAGCGGACCUACCGUGAGUGGCCCUCGCGAAUAUCAUGGAAAAGUCAUGGAGGUUAACAAUGCGGAUGCUCUCGUCAUCAAACUUGCUGAUGGAACGCUGAAGAAAAUCUUUCUGGCAAGCAUCCGACCGCCAAGAUUGUCCGAGGACAAAUCCGAAAAUAAAGGCCGGUCAUUCCGUCCAUUGUAUGAUAUUCCCUACAUGUACGAAGCAAGAGAAUUCUUGAGGAAGAAACUUGUCGGGAAAAAAGUCAACGUCACUGUGGACUACAUCCAGCCAGCUUCCAAUGCAUUUCCCGAGAAGGUCUGCUGCACCGUCACCAUCGGAGGAGCCAAUGUUGCCGAAGCUUUGGUCAGCAAAGGACUGGCUACUGUGGUCAGGUAUCGUCAGGAUGACGAUCAGAGAUCAGCUCACUAUGAUGAGCUUCUGGCGGCAGAAGGAAAAGCUCAGAAGUCGGGAAAAGGUCUUCACAGCAAAAAGGAACAGCCAGUUCAUCGUGUAGUUGACUUAUGUGGGGAUUUAUCAAAAUCUAAACAGUUCUUCCCAUUUCUUCAACGUGCUGGCCGUAUGGAUGCUGUUGUGGAAUUUGUCACGAGUGGUUCCAGAUUACGGUUAUACAUACCCAGAGAGAAUUGCAUUCUUAUAUUUUUAUUAGCUGGCAUUAAUUGUCCGAAAGCUACUAGACCAGGACCGGGUGGAACUGUAAUAGAAGGUGAACCAUGGGGUGAAGAAGCUUUACAAUUCACAAAAGAAUUAUGCCUACAACGAGAAGUAUCUGUCGAAGUUGAAUCAAUGGACAAAGCUGGCAACUUCAUAGGUUGGCUGUGGAUAGAGAAUACAAAUCUGUCAGUGGCAUUGGUUCAGGAAGGUUUUGCCAGUGUUCAUUUUACAGCUGAGCACAGUCCUCAUGCUCGCACUUUACAAAUUGCAGAAAAUAAUGCCAAGAAGAGCAAAGAUAAGAUAUGGUCCAAUUACGAAGAACCAAAAGAACAGGAGAUCAUUGAUGACGUGGUUGAAAGAAAAGUCACGUAUAAACCUGUGGUUGUGACGGAAGUGAAUACCGAUUGUACGUUUUAUGCACAGAAAUUUGAAGAUGGAAAACAGCUUGAAGAGAUGUCGGAAAAAUUACAGCAAGAUAUGGCUAAUAAUCCACCUCUUCCUGGUGCUUACACUCCCAAGAAGGGUGACAUGUGCGCGGCAAACUAUGUAGAUAACCAGUGGUAUCGGGCCAGGGUUGAUAAAGUGAAUGGAAAUAUGGUCCAUGUCACUUAUAUUGACUAUGGAAAUAAAGAAGUAACAGAUACUACAAAGCUCGCAUCGCUUCCAUCAACUUUCCAUGGGUAUCCACCGGCAGCGACCCACUACGGUUUAGCGUGUGUGAAAUUACCGAAAGAUGUCGAAAUUGCUGAGGAAGCAAGACUCGCUCUCAUACAGGACACGGAAAACAACAGGAUGCUCUUACUGAACGUUGAGUACCGACAUCUGGGACUUGAUUAUGUCACGUUACUAACGUCCAAAGAGGAGGAGGACAUUGCCAAAAAUUUAAUUGCAGAGGGAUUAUUAUUAACAGACGAAAGAAGGGAGAAAAGAUUACAGAAACUGAUAGCUGACUACAAAGCGGCAGAACAGACAGCACGUCGAAAAAGAGUGAAUCUGUGGCAGUACGGAGACUUUGACGACGAUGAUGCCAUCGAAUUUGGCUACAAUCCAUAAUCCGAUCGUCCUCCGUCUGCGUCGGAAUGGAGGGCAGCCCUUCGUUCACGUACAGUUACCAAAUAUAUAUAUUAUAUUAUAUAUACAGUCUUCAUAUUAUAUGGAUGUUAAUAUUUUUCUGUAAGACUUUUGAAAGUUAUCUUUUUUUGUUUUGUUUUGUUUUUAGAGAAAAUUUACAGCAUUGUUAAUGAAAAAUUUACAAAAUUUCGCGUCACGCUCAAAGAGAUGCGUGCAGUUACUUUGCGAGGCCCAGAGCCCAUCUCCCCACCUCCGUGUCGAAGCGUGCUGCCCCGGACGAGCCAAUGUGGUUUUAUCGGUGAAGGAAGUAAAAUUAAAAAUGAAAAAAGUGUUUUCCGAUGUGCCAGUUUUGACGGUGGCAAUGGGUACAUACGUAAAAUAUGGUUUAUUGCACAUUAAAAAAAAAACAAAGCAUCUUCCAAGUAUUGAUAAACUUCCAAUGGAACUCUUCCAUGUAAAUUUUGAUACCCGUAUGAUUUUAUGACAAAAUGUCUUUAAAAAGAAAAAAAAAUACAGUUGAGAAAUUUAUAUACACCGUACAAAUGUAUAUUUUGCCACUUGUACCUAACAUGCUGAAGAAAACUGGUAAUAUAUGCAAAAUUUGUUCAAAAUAAAUGUAUAUUACUGUA